UAGAAUAAUAAAGCUUUUUCAGUCAAAGUCGAUCAAAUUUUCUGAAUAUCGAAAAAAGUUGUUCUAAAAUGUUUUGUUGUUUAUUUAGAAGGAAGAGAUCCGGGAUAGAUUAUGAAAUGCACGAUUAUUAAUGUUUGAAAUGAACUCUUGCAUUGCUAAACUCUGUGCAGUCCCACUUCAAUUCUGAUCAGAGAUACAAUCAGAGUUAAUUGUUGCAGUACAGUAACAGUAAUGAAUCAUCGAUGCACUCUUGUCUAUUGGGGUGUGGUGUUUGGCGUGAGUGCAGCCAUAGUGUUCUACUUCAACAGUGACUACAACAGUGAAACACCACAGUCAUCAGGACUGACCUCUCUCUUCUCGUCAGGACAUGACGGCACUCCUUAUGGGAGAAUGAAGCAGUGGCUGGACGCUCUCCUUCAGGAAUGGAAAAGAAUUCUGGACGCGAUGGCCGGCCUUCUACCUUUAGUUUUGGCUAACGUGUUGAAAAGUAUGAACGGAGGAAUCCUCUACGCUUUCCGAGGUCUUUAUCUAGCUGUCAUCUACUUCACUGUUCAUCUAUGCGAGUUCCUGGGAUUCCAAAUGCUACAAGAGAUCUUAAUGUCAGACACUCUCGAUACCAUAAUUAAGUUUUCAAUAUUCAACGGAUUCGCAAUCACCCUGCUCAUUAUAGAAGUGUACGUUAUGCUCAUUGUUAUGAACAAGAGAGGCAAAAGAUCGGAAGCUCAAGAGAGUUCGGAGAUGGCAAGUGAGGAAAUGCAAGAUGCACAAGAAGAGCCAGGUCGCCGUGCAACUCGGGAUACGAGGUCAACGAAGAGUCACGUGUCCACGCCUCCUAGCUCACAGUACCUGCCCGACCAGGAGACUGUAGGAGAAGAGGAUGUCCAAGAUGAGCAGAGGAGGGAGGAAGGCCGAGGAGAGAGCAUGAAUGCCGAGGCAGCAGCGCCCAAAGGUGCUAUGCAACCACCGCCUCAGGACCAGGGUAAAAGUCUGGAGCUGUGGAAACCAGAAGAAGACAAAGACGAGGACGAAGGAAACGAGCAAAACGAAGACGAUGACGACGACAUGGACCUGAAGACUGUGGCCAUGUUCGCUUACAUUGCAGACUGCGAAGCAUACGAAGAGGAUGACUUGAGAAGACAGAAUGGGGAGCUGAGGAAACAGAUCGAAGAAGGAAGGGAUGCUUUCAAAGAUAUAGACAAGGAAAAGGAAGACGAGAUAUCGCGACUCACUCAAGGUAUGAAGAAAAUGUUGAAACGAGUGAAGAAGGAAUCGCAGUUUGCAAACUACGCAUUGGACACUUUGAAAGCGGAGAAAGAUGUCAUCAAUGAGGAGCUGCAGCGGCUAUUGGCACUGGAGCCGGAAGAGCUUGCCAAGAUAGAUACGGCCGAUUUGUUCAAAGACCUAUCUGGAAAAGUAUCCAAGACUUCCAAGACUUAA